AGAGAAGAGGCAUUAUAGCUCCACGAUGUGGGCACAGGAGAGAAGGGGCUCCUCGUAAUAGCUCAUAAGUGCGAGAGAGAAGGAACCGUAUCUUGCUCCGUAAGAUAGGAAGAGAUGGACGCCCUCGAGCUGGCCAAUACCUGGCAAGAAACUCUCUCUUCCCUCCUUUAGUCCACCGAGGACACUCGGAUUGUAUACACUGUCCGUGGCGUUCAUCUCUCUCCCGUAAUUCACGUUGUGUAACUGCUUCUUCUCAUUUCUUCAUUGCAAAAGAAGAACACAGGGGAAGGGUUCGUCCGCCAUUGCGAUCGUCGGAAAAUGUAAAAAUCUCGCGAAUAAACUGCAUCGAAUGAGCUAACAUUUGUGUAAACAAAGUAUAUAACAUAGCAAAGCUGUGGAUGAUAGGGUACUUCACCUAAGGACAAAAAAUGAAAAAAGAAACAACAAUAACGUAUUAAGGUCUAUACGGAACCGAAAGUAUAAACGCAGUAUACAUACCGACAACACUGUAAAACCCUGGCUUAAAGGGGAACCAUCCAAGGCCAAAAACGAAGAGAAGAGGUAGAAAAGAAGAAUACCUAUAGAGUAUCACGAGUGUUCGUCGAAUGUUACCAAGUACUACGAGUUUUCAAUAUUUGUAAACGUGGAUGGAAACGAGAACAGGUGAUGAGAGCCGAUGAAAAGAGGUGAGAUCUCGGAAAAUACUGAUGAAGCUUGGUUAGACUGUUUUACCUCUUUUGAGCGUGUACAUCUCGCCUCCUCUCUCUUUCUCUCUUUCUCGGUGCAAACUUCCUUUAAUGGCUAACAUCAAGGUGCGCCCACGUGGAUUGUGGGCGACUCUGGACAGGACUGAAUGUCUAAGAAAGAUAUAAAAUCCGAGAUGGCGGCAGUUACGGUUUCGUCUAACCGUCUAAACGGGUCUCGGCGCUCCGAUUGGUCCCUCUCGACCUGUCUCUGCUGCCCCUAUGGAUAUCAUAUCGAUUUGGACUUCGUUCGAUACUGCGAGUCGAUUUGCGCUGGAAAUUCGGGAAACGAAAGGAGAAAGAAGAGACAGAGGAGACGUAAAUGUCAGAGCAUGGAAGUCCUUCUCGGACUGAUAAAUCCAGAAAUCCAAUUACAAUCUGCAAAAAUUGCGAAUUUCGGAUCUGCAGAAGGAGAAAGUCGAAUAUCUCUGCCAUUGCUGGAAAAUGCCAAGAGUUUUAAUGUGGUCGAUUUAAGUGACGUUAUGAAAGACUUUGAGGCGACUUCGUUAACAAUGAUGAAAAAUUAUUUAAAGGAGAAAACAGAUUCAGCUAAUCAGGAGUCGAUUGUCGAUAAUACCGGAAAUGAAAACGCUAGCCUCAAUGAAGCCGCCCUACAGGUUAUUAGACAACAAAUGGCAGUUUCCCUUGAAAGGACGAAAAAUCUGGAAGAGCAAGUCAAAAUGAUUCCCAUUUUGCAAGUUCAACUCUCCGUCUUGAAGGAAGAGAAGCGAAAGCUCUUAACUCAGAUCGGAGACCUUUCCAAAAGAGAACGGACUAACGGUACACAGAGAUUGGAAACUGAAUUUUGUUUAAAUAAUUCUACUUUCCUGGGUAAAAAAGAAGUCGGAACACUUUGUACAGUAUUGAAGAGAGAUGUUGGAGUUUCGUGUCAAUCGAUUAGGACGAGGGAUACCGGAGUGAUUACAACUUCUACGAUUCAACCCUUCGAAGGGAAUGAAAAUAGAAAUUUUGAGGAGAAUCGAAGGAAAUCUCACAAUCUCAAUGUUUCCUUCUUGAAGUCCGAAAUAUUGAAAGAAAUCAAUAGAGAAAGAAGAAGAAGACUUCGAACAAGUGGAAUUAACAUUGAAAUUAUUCCUUCCGAUCCAGAAAUAAAGAAAUUUAAUGUAAAUCCUUCAAGUUUCGUUGACUCUGAGAUGAAAGUACAGUUAGAAAACACUCUGGAGUUGCGAAAUAUGAAAGAAUUUCAAGAAGUAAAACGGAAAAAAUUGCGCAGAAGUAAAAUUGAAAGUGAAGAAAUUCUCUCCGACUCAAAAAUAUGUGAAAAUUCAAGAAUUAAUGAAUCUGCAUACUUCAAAGUUGAUUCUUCAAGUUUUAACGCUUCGGAACAGAAAUUAGGAUUAAAUUUCUCUUUAGAGUCUAAAAUUUUAAAAGAAUUUCGAGACAGAAGACAAAAAGUGCUGAGAAAAAGUCAAAUUACGAUCGAAGAAAUUCCUCCUGACGCGCAAGUUAAUAGAUUCGGAAACUUAGAAGUGAAUUCUUCAACGUUUAAUAUUUCGGACCAAACAUUGACGGUAGAGGAUUUUUCGAAGUUUCAAGUUUUACAGGAAAUUAAGAACUCAAGAUUGAACAAAUUGCGACGUAGUACCACUAAGAUCGAAGAAAUUCCAGAAACGAAUAAAUUCCUAGAUUUCGGAGCGAUUAAUCCUUCGGAACGGAAAGUUGAGUUAGGAAAAUCAGUCUCAGUUCAAACCAGUGACUCAAUUACUUCCUGCUCAAGAUUUACAUCUACCGAAGGACUGUUUAAAUCCUCAACAAAAUAUACAAAUACAAACGACUUAAUCAAGUUUUCGACAAAAUAUACGGACACUUUAAAUUUAAUUCCCAAGAAAAGACACUUUGGAACUUCUCCGAUGAGGAAAAAGUUGGUUGACGUUUCAGUUGGCGACUCUGUCAAGUCUCACAUAAUAAUUAGUUGUACUAAAAAUUACUGUGAUAGCUGUAAAGAGACAAUUAAAUCAUUAUUCGAAAAGAUAUCCGAGGAUUUAAAAAACAAUUUUGAGGAUAGAAAGUCCGUUUCGACGCGGUCGGUAAGUGGCAGGAAGUUGGAAAGGAGAUUAGAAGAAGAGACAGAAGAGAAAAGUGUUCAAACAGAAUUGGGAAUGCAUGGUUUCACUUUGAAAGCUGAAAAUGAACUUCAAAGCCAACAAAUCGGCAUCGAAGAAAAUUUAAAUUUAAUGUCGGGAAAUAGGUGUCAUCCUUUAGAGGAAAUCGAGGAAGAAAACCUUAAAAUAUGUCACGAUGAAAAAUGUUCAAAGGCAGUUUCAAGCUCUCCGAAGCAUCGAAACCUUCAAAUUAAUAUUAAAACUUCAGAUCUGAUGCCAGAAGAGAAAUUGAAAAAAGAAUUUGAGCCUUCGAGGGAAAUUCAAAGGAAAGAGACUCAAAAUUUGAUUGAAAUUGAAAAAUGGAGGAGGAAAUGUGAACUUUUAAAUCAAAUCAAGGAAGAUUUGGGUUCACAGGGAAAGACUUCAAGCUCUUCGAAGCAUCAAAAUAUAGAAACUGACGUUGAAAACAAUUUUUCCACGCAAAUCAAUGAAAACUUGGCAUCACAGCCAACAAUUUUAGACUCUUCAGAACACGAAAGCCAGCAAGUCCAGAGCGAACGAACUUCGGUUUGUCACAAGAAACGGAUAUUCAGAAAAAAAAUGGAGCUUUCAAAUCAAAUCGAAAGAAAUUUGACUUCCCAGGAAAUUAAACCACCUUCUUCGGAGCAAAUACAAAGUGAAGAAACUCUAACUUCUCUCGAAAAGAUCAAAUCUAUUCAAGAAUUUCAACUUCCGAAGGAAAUCAAAGCAGCGAUGAAAGUUUUAAAUGACAAUUUAGUCAGAUCUCCUCAAAAAAAUAUUUCGAAGGACAUCAAAAACGCUUUGAAGCUCGUUGAACAAUUCUGGUUCCAAUUUUCAACUCAUAUUGACGCAGAUCCAGUUAAACUAAACUCAUGCAUAACUUCAAUUUCUUCCUUUUCUGAUACAUUGUUAAAUUUUAUUAUAAAUUUAAACGAUUCGAGUGGAAAUACUGCACUUCAUUAUUCAGUUUCAAACGCAAAUUUCGAAGUUAUUUCGGUUUUGCUGGAGUCAAGAGUUUGUAGAGUCGACGAAGUUAACUUUGCUGGAUAUUCUGCAAUUAUGUUAGCAGCUCUUGUUGAACUAAAAAAUGAAGAAGAGGAGAAAAUUAUGAAAAAACUUCUGGCGGUUGCCGAUGUGAAUGCAAAAGCAAAAAUGCACGGCCAGACCGCAUUGAUGCUCGCCGUCUCUCACGGAAACAAAUCCAUGACUCGGCUCCUAAUCGAAGCUGGAGCUUCAUUGAACAUUCAAGAUGAAGAUGGAAGCACUGCAUUGAUGUGUGCCGCAGAACAUGGGAAUAUAGAAUUAGUUAGAUCGUUACUCUCACAAAGUGACUGUGACACAUCUAUUAUUGAUUUAGAUGGGAAUUCAGCUUUAAAGGUCGCGCUUGAAGCUGAAAAUCAUGAAAUUGCGGUAUUACUGUAUGCACAUGAGAAAUUUAAUAGAGAGUUUAAUAGCGAAAGCUCGUCGAUUAGAAGGAGCCGAAAGGAAUCGAAGUGUAAUUUAGAAAGUAAAUCCGUUCAAUAAGAUGAAUUGCCAGAUUUCUUUGAAUCAAUGAGAUUUAUAAACAGUUUUUAUGACUUCAAUGUUCAAGGGGAACUGAGGAUCAUGUAAACUGGGGGUGAAGGGGUUUAAUAUUAUAUCUUUAAGGUUAUAAUAUAAUUCAAAUAUAAUUUAAGCGUCUAAUACCCUGAAAUUGCAUUUACAAUUUAAAAUCAUUUUAAAUCUCAAACCUCACUUUUCUUGCACUUUGAAUCAUAAAGUAACGAUUUCAUUGCAUUUUGAGCUUAAGAGUGCAAUUUAAAUUAUGAAAUAAUCAUUUCAUUGGUUUGCAAACUUUUAUAAUUUCAAUCCAAAAUAGCAAUUUCGUUUAAUUUCCCUUCAAGCCAUUUAAUGAGGUUUCCGAUCUGUAUUUUUAUUUUCAAAAUAAAAUGUAAUGUCAAUUUUAA